AUGUCCGAUAAUUUGGCGAAUUAUUUUAGUCAGAAUUGCAAUACGUCCAAGACGGGGUUUGGCCGGAGUGUAGUAGGAGGAACAAGAUAUGGAGGGGAGGUGAAGGAGAAGGAUGUGGAUCCGGAUAUGGAGGAUUUAGGGCCUUCGGUGUCAAUGGCGGUGGAGGCGGAAGAUGAUAAUGAGUUUGAGAAGUCUACGUUUAAUUUAAAGAGAACGAGGUCGAUGGGGUUACUUGAUGAGUAUAUUGAUCCGACGCGGAGGCUUCUGGGGAAGUCUACUUAUGGUGGUGGGGGCGGCAGGCCGAUGGCUAGUGAUGGUGGUGACGCCGGCGACGAGGAGUCGGCGGAGUUCUAUGGUAGCGACGAUGAGUCAGGGGAUGAGUCUGUAUAUGGGGGCGCCCAGCGGAUGUCUUCUCCGCAGUUGGCAGUUCUUGCGGUGAAUCAUUUAGAGGAUAGUAAGUCGCCCCCGGAGCCGGACACAGACAGCUAUAUGUUACCGUUGGACGAUAUUGAUGUGCAUCAUGAACCUAAUAGACAUGUGGAUUAUUUGUCGCACAAGUGGGAGGAGUCAGAUAUUUCUAAGUCGUGGAAGUAUAUAAUUCUAAAAAAGAAGCAGAGGGGGGACCAGGAUUUGGUUAAUGCGGCACGGUUGGAAAAUGCUUCGUGGCGGACAUGGGCUAAAGCGAGGAACGAUUUGCAAACGGUGAGUCCCGAGUUGGUAAAUUGGUCCAAGGAUUCGGAUGUUACCUGGCUCUACGGUCCUAUCGUUCGUGAUGCUGGCCAUUCCACGAAUAAUAAUAGUAAUAAUAGUAAACACGUUGGCACUAAUAAUAACGCGGCACUGGACCAGGAGGAACUUGGUUAUGGUUCCGGUGACGAGUCAUCCAAACGCGUUACCAAGAGGGCAGAUAGCAGCUCUGUCCGCCAGCGUUCGGGUCCCAAGCCUAUUCUAAAGAAAAGAACUGUGUCUGAGAUUAUUGAGGAAAACUCUUUGUGGAGACUAACAGUAGCUAGACAACAUCGGAAACAAAUAGCUGAUGCUAAUUCUAUCAUGGAUGGGUAUGGCCACAAGUACCAAUAUGACGAUUAUGAUGCUUUGGCUGCCAGGGUCAAUUCUCAGUAUUAUGUUAGCACCACCAAUACUCCCACUGUGCCCAUGACGACAAGCAGCACCGCUGCCACCACCAUCAACACCACCAUUAAUACUCCUGCAGCCCCUGCUGCGAAUACUACCAAUACUAUUACUACUACUAAUAUUAAUAAUAACGGCAUCGUCAUUGUCAGUAAUUUUAACAGCGUUAGCGCCCUAAUUGGUUCCGCUAACAAUAUUAGCAACAGCAGCAGCCACGGUGGCAGUGAGAAUAAUCAUAAUAAAAACAUCUUCAAUGAUACUACUAGCAUGGCUUAUAAGGACUCCAAAAGGACCCCGACUCCGAUAUCAUCUCCCUCUCCGGAGCAAAUUAUUACUGUUACUUUAUCUCCAGAGAGCUCAAAAAUUGCUGGUGAUGUCCACCAGCAGCAAUAUCUAGCAUCCUAUCCGAAAGAUACGCUCAACCUGGCAAAAACGCCUGCGCUGGCAUUAGCAUCAAUAUUAAGCUCGAGAAAUUCAGUAAGAAGGAAAUUAAGAGACAGGCACAUUCAUUUCAACGACCGUGUGGAACAAUGCAUGGCUAUCAACCACCACACUGAUGGCGAUAAUGAUGAUGACGACGAUUAUGAUAAUGACUAUUACGAAGAUGGUUAUGACGAUGAGGACAAUGAAUAUGGUGGCGGUAACUUAUAUUCAAGCCACUACCGCGAUCCUAUUAAUAGAUACGGACCGUCUUUUGGUAGUGAUCACGCAGACGAUGAGGAGGAAGAGGAAGAGGAAGAGGGUGGUCUUUUCAUUAGUGCAACCGGUCGUAAAGCAGAGAACGUGCCUCAUGUUCAAACAGAUGCUUCUUCGUACACCUCUUCGACAAGUGGCCAUGGUGGUAGGUGUCCAAUACAUUUGAUCAUAAAAAUGCUUCCCGCUACCACCUUGAACUAUGGUUCAGAUGAUGGAUACUAUGAUGAUAGUGAUUACUAUAGCGGGAAUGCAGUCUCGCACAAUGUCAAUACUUACAGAGGCUAUGAUUACGUUUAUGAUUACAACUCUGUUUACACUGCUGAUUCUUCUAGUUUCCUUGCCUUCAAUAACUGCGAUAUUAUCGACGUUCCUGAAGCGCUACGUACUCCUGUCGAAGAUCCUGUCUCGGGCUUUAGAUUUGACGACGAUAGUGCAGAGCAGCAACCAGAUCAAAUGAUUUCCGACCUAACCCAACAUGAGGCCUUAAACGUACUAGCCCCUAUUAGCGGUAGCUUUUCUCGUGAAUCUGCGGACGUAGCGGACAACGAUGAACACGCUUGCAAUAGCAGCGAAUAUAGUAGUGGAUCCAGCUCUGAAGACUCCAACGGGUCCGCUAUUGAUAGUAAUGUUUACAAUCAGAAGAGUGGAGAGGAAAGCGAGUUAUUGGCUUUAAAAAGAACGCACUCGUUAGGCAAGUCUCAGACUGGCUCUUUACGCGAUUUGCAAUAUAGUAAGUUGUCUGUGUCGCAGACACAUGACUUUAUCACUGGUAAACAGUUAUCCUCAAAAAAUGGGACUCUACCGCAGAAACUCCAACAGGAGCAGCAAUCCGUUUCUGAGAAACCGCCCCUGUUGAAACGCAACUCUUCUAGAAGCUUCAUCUUUGAUUCUGAAUCUGAAUCUGAAUCUGACUCUGCAGUUCAGUUGUCUCAAAUAUCUCAUCCGUUGAGUAAUGAAUCUAACACAAGGUCUCCAUUCAGUAUACAUACGAGAAAUUCUUCAGCCUCUACAUCGCCGAAGAGCAUCCCGCCACCCAAUUUUGGUAACUUCGGAUCUGGUAAUUCACAUGCUUCAUUGAGUGAUGUGGCUAUUCCGGGCUAUAUCUCACCAAGGAACGGUUCUAUGCAAUCUGUAAUCAGUAAAGAAAAAUUGAUUAACUCCAAUAGUAGUAGUUGCAACAAUUGUGCCAAUACCAAUGAAGAUGAUAAUACAGAUCACUCGAAAACCUUCGAUUUGGAAGAUAUUGAUAAGACGUUCGAAAAUUACCACAUUCAGUCUCCAGUACCAGAAAAUGCAGACAAGGAAUGUCAACAACAACAGCAGCAGCAGCAGCAACAGCAUCAACAACAACAACAACAACAACAACAACAACAACAACAACAACAACAACAACAACAACAACAACAACAACAACAACAACAACAACAACAACAACAACAACAACAACAACAACAACAACAACAACUACAACAACUACAACUACAACUACUACAACAACAACAACCAGGGAGCGGUAAGAUGAUGGAGAUGGCAAGCAAGUAUUUAAAUUCAUGGAAACGGUAG